ACUUCAACCACUAUCAAUUUCUUAAUUCACGUUGAUUGCUUCUAUAAGGUCUCGUCACUCUAAUUAUUAUCAAUUAAAUCUAAAAUGUACUUCUAAAUUCCAAUUCAGUAUGUUGUGAUAGUGGCCGACACGUAUGUCGAGCGAAAACGCCCAAAGAUAAACAAACCAUAAAAUGAAUAUGCUUGUGCAAUAAUAAUAGAUAGAUAAGAUUGUCUUGUAGUGGUAAUAAUAGUAAUAGUUAUUUAUAAGGGGGCGUUUAGAAUAAUAUGAAUAAGAUGUCUAAGAAUAAAUUGAAUUUGACGUUGCCGCCGGGUGCUGUUGAGAUGUCCACGACUACACCGACUUCGCAGACACCACAAUUUAAAUCACCAUCAGCAGAUUCCUUGGUGUCUAAAUCAAAAUCCAGUAUCGAUGCCUUGACUGAAACUUUGGCAGAGAUUGAAAUGGAUGAUACUCAAAAACGAAGAAUUGAAGUGUUUCUUUGUCAAAAGGAAAAGAUUGGAGAACUUACUGAUGAUGAUUUUGAAAAAUUGGGUGAACUAGGUGCUGGAAAUGGUGGAGUAGUCAUGAAAGUGCGCCACAAGUCCACACAAUUAAUAAUGGCACGCAAAUUGAUUCACCUGGAAGUAAAACCUGCAAUUAAGAAACAAAUUAUUAGAGAAUUGAAGGUAUUACAUGAUUGCAACUUCACUCACAUAGUUGGUUUUUAUGGAGCCUUUUACAGCGAUGGCGAAAUCAGCAUCUGUAUGGAAUAUAUGGAUGGAGGAUCGCUUGAUUUGAUUUUAAAGAAGGCUGGGAGAAUUCCAGAAGAUAUGUUAGGUGUGAUUACCUCAGCUGUAUUAAAAGGCUUGAGCUAUCUACGAGACAAACAUGCAAUUAUGCACCGUGAUGUGAAACCGAGCAAUAUCCUAGUCAAUACUGCUGGUGAAAUUAAAAUUUGUGAUUUUGGAGUCUCUGGACAACUUAUAGACUCAAUGGCAAACUCCUUUGUUGGUACAAGGAGUUACAUGUCUCCUGAAAGAUUACAAGGAAAUCACUACUCAGUCCAAUCUGAUGUCUGGAGCCUUGGCCUCUCGCUGGUUGAAAUGGCCAUAGGCUGCUACCCAAUUCCACCACCGGAUGAUGAACAACUGAUGAGAAUUUUUGCAGAGCAAGACCGAAGAAAAGAGAGAGGCGGUGAAGGUGGAAAUGGUGGUGGUGAUUCACCUGGACAGCCUGGAUCGCCUCGUCAAAUGGCUAUUUUUGAGUUACUGGAUUAUAUUGUGAAUGAGCCACCGCCAAGUUUACCUGAGAAACAUUUUUCUCAGACUUUCCGCGAUUUUGUGGAUAGAUGUUUGAAGAAAAAUCCAGAGGAACGGGCUGAUUUGAUUACACUAAUGAGUCACGAAUGGAUUCGUCAAGCAGAGUCAGAGUCAGCUUCAGUGGACAUAGCCGGUUGGGUGUGUCGCACCAUGGAGCUGUCCCCAGGGACCCCGUCACAACAGCGUAAUAAUUCGCCUUUCUCCUAAUGAUGUCUGUCGCAAGCACACCGUGCUUCUCUUGUGAAUUGAUAAUAAAAUAGUCAACACAACAAACGAUACAAGAUCUCAUUAAUAACGUAUGGAAGAAUUUUUGAGGCCGAAAAUAAGAAAUAGUAUGACUUAAGAGGUUUGUUAAUUAAAUACCAAAAUACAUAAUUGAAAUUAAAAUCAACUUACAAUAAUGGCCUAAGAAAUAAUAAAUGUAAUGUUUUUAUCAAGCAGUUAAAUAUUUAAACAAUAUUAUGACCAAGCUGCAAAAAAGUGAAUACCUAACCUGAUUGACUCAAAAGUCAGUUUUCGAAUUUACGGCAUUGAUGAUACAAUAGUUUAGUAUAUGCAAAAGUUUUUACAUAAAUUAUUGAAUACAUUAUUAGUCAUUUUCCAAGUCUGUGUGAUCGUGAUUUGUUUUAUAUUUCAGUGAAUAGUAUUUUGAGAAUAUCAAUCCCAUGUAUGUGAUACUUUGUGCAUUUUAUGGUGUAAUGUCUACUUUUAACCAUUUUUAGGGACACAGGUGUAAUAAAGACACUAAAACUAAUAAAAAAUGUAAUGAUGAAUAUAAAUAUACAAAAUGUGAUCAGUUGGGUACAUUCUUUGAUGGAAUUUUUAACUUUUAUAAU